CCGAGAUCGCCGACAAAGGCCGCACUCCCAAACUUUAGCAUUUCAUUUUCGUUUGAAGUGCCAACAGCCCGCACUCUGAUCUCAUCAGCACGAAACAUUGCACAUCAUCGAUCGACCAACCAACCUCGAAUCGCCUAUUUCACAUCUUCUUCUCAUCAACCACAACCACCACACAGCAUCUAUCAAACCGACCGCCUAAUCGAUAAAUUGAGAUUGCUUGAUAUCUCCACAAACAAACAAACCAACCCACCACCCACGUCAUCAUGUUCUCCCGAACACUAUCGACAACCGCUCGCCGGGUCUUGACUUCAUCCACCACACCUCGCCUUGCCGCCUCUGCAAGCAGGCAACUCUUGAACCCUGCCGCCAACGUCGCACGCCGCUCGUAUCACGAAAAGGUCCUUGACCACUACAGCCGCCCGCGAAAUGUCGGUUCCAUGUCCAAGGGCGACGCCGACGUUGGAACUGGUCUUGUCGGAGCCCCGGCAUGUGGCGAUGUCAUGAAGCUGCAGAUCCGUGUCGACCCCAACAGCAACACCAUCUCCGACGUCAAGUUCAAGACAUUCGGCUGCGGUAGCGCCAUCGCCAGUUCCAGCUAUCUCACCGAGCUGGUAAGGGGUAUGACCUUGGAGGAGGCCGGUCGCGUCAAGAACACAGAGAUUGCCAAGGAGCUGUGCUUGCCACCCGUGAAGCUCCACUGCUCCAUGCUCGCUGAGGAUGCUAUCAAGUCUGCCAUUUCAAACUACUACACCAAGAAUCCCCAGGCUAAGCCUACGAACCUCGCUGGUACUGCUCAGCAGAUCCCAAGCGUAUCAGGCGAGGCUGCCAUUGCCGCUUGAGCUUUUCAUAUUGUUCACCUCCAUAAGAGUUCUAUGGCGCCGUGUUUGAUUUGACGGAAAAGUCGCGGAGGAGUUGUUGUUCAGAAGAAAUACCCGUGUUGCAACGCAAAAUGCGUAUGUGGGUAGGUGUCAUUUGGAAGGGAUACCUACUGGUUGGGACAGCUAGGAGACAAAUUCUGUCCUGGCAAUUGCAGAAAGGACUGCAUGGGGGUGUGGAAGCACAUCACUCACUAAGCUUGGUUUUGUUGAAACCAGCACUUCAACAUGUAUCAUACAUCACAAAUCAAUAAACUUUUGUUUUUUUUUA